GGCGGGGAUUGGGGACGGUGCACCUGCCAGGGCCCAGGCACCGAGACUCUUAGGACGUGGCGUUUCAGUCUGGGCUCGCCAAGUUAGGGCCCACAGACUCCGCAUGGGGUCCUGCCGAAACGGGCGGGGCCUCUGAGGCCGGAGAGGACAGGGUGCCCCCCAGACAGGCACAGCAGGCGCGGGGCGUGUUCUGCAUGGUUCCGGAGCUGUGUGUGGGGUUAGGGUUUAGCACAACACGGUGGGAAUGGCCGUUCUCCCGCUCGCGUGAGGGCCAGCAGCAGGUCCUGCGUUUGCGCUGAAGAGGGUGUGGGUGUCUUGGUGCAGGGCUAGAUCUCAGCAGCCAGUUGUGCUGGGUGGCUCUUUGCAAAGGGUCCUUAGACAGUUCUCCUUCCUUAGGGGGCGUUUAGGGAAACGGAGUCCUCCUGGGGGUGGUGGCUGACCUGGGAGAUCAGAGGCAGAAGCCAGGUGGGUGUGUGGGCGCUCCUGGCUCAGGGGCGCGGGGGCGUGUGGGCAGCACGCUUGCCCGGCUGAGCUGGGGUUGUGGGUCUUGACUCUGCCUUGCAGGGGGCAAAGCCCCUGAAACCUGCAGAGCCAGCCCGCUGCCCAGGGUGUUCCUUUCCCACCUGUUGACUGUGUGCGGUGGUGCCCCGUAGAGUGAGUUUGUGUUGGUUUUCCAGGAGAAGGUCCGUGUGUGAGCUCCACGUGUGCCUGGCUCUUUGCGAGGCCCGGGGCUCUGGCUGUGAGCGCAGGUCCCGCAGUGCCUGUCCUAAAGGGCCUGAGAGGCUGGUCACUAAAGGGUCGGCAGGUGUGGAGAUGUCUGAAGUGAUGAGCUACAGUCAGCCUCUGCCCAGGACGCCUGUGGCGGUGCCAGAGCCUCCCAUGUUUUGUGACCUUGGGCAGGUGACUCAGUGUCCACAGCUUUAGUGUCCCCAUCUCUGAAAUGGGAAAUGGGAGUGUCCUGGAGGCAGGCGUUCUCCUGAUAUCUUGGCCGAGUGUCUGAUCCUUAGAAAGUCACUGGUAACGAGCGGUCUCUCACCAGUGAGGACGAUGGUUUGUAAGCUGCCAGCACGUGCCCGACUUUUCUCAUUGCUGGAGUCGCCGUCAGCGCCACGCGGGAAGGCGGGAGAGCUGCGUGUUGUCUGCCUCACGGUUCCAGCCUCCUCACUGGAAAGGCAGAGUCCUGGUGUGGCCUCCUGCCUCGCUCACAGCCUGUGCCCCGGGGAGCCCAGCCUGCAGACAGCAGCAGUGGUGUCCAUGGGCUCUGCGGACCAUCAGUUCAACCUCGUGGAGAUCCUGUCCCAGAACUACGGCCUCCAGGAGCCGUGCGAGCCUGCUGCGGGAGACCCAGAGAAGCCUGAGGGGGAGCUGGAGAAGGACUUCAUCGCCCAGAGCAGUGACAUGCCCCUGGAUGAGCUGCUCGCCCUCUACGGCUACGAGGCCUCAGACCCCGUCUCAGAGCGGGAGAGCGAGGGCAGCGACACCGCCGCCAACCUCCCAGACAUGACUCUGGACAAGGAACAGAUAGCGAAGGAUUUGCUUUCGGGGGAAGAAGAGGAAGAGACACAGUCAUCAGCUGAUGACCUGACCCCGUCUGUGACCUCCCAUGAGGCCUCCGACCUUUUUCCCAGCCAGAGUGGAUCCUGCUUCCUGGCCAGUGCAGACGAAGAGCGUGGCUCCCCCACGUCGUCCGACACGGAGGAGGACCCCCUUCCUGCCAACAAAUGUAAGAAGGAGAUCAUGGUUGGGCCUCAGUUCCAAGCCGAUCUCAGCAGCCUGCAGUUGGACCGCCAUGGUGAGAAGUUCUAUGAGAAUGAUGACCAGCUUCUCUGGGAUCCCAACGUCCUUCCUGAGAGGGAGGUGGAGGAGUUCCUGUACCGGGCGGUGAAACGGAGGUGGCACGAGACGGCGGGGUCGCUGCUCCCAGAGGGAGAAGCUGUGAAGGACAGUGAGCAGGCGCUCUAUGAGCUGGUGAAAUGCAAUUUCAACGCAGAGGAGGCCCUGCGGAGAUUGCGGUUCAACGUGAAGGUGAUCCGAGAUGGGUUCUGUGCUUGGAGCGAGGAGGAGUGUAGGAACUUCGAGCAUGGCUUCCGGGUGCACGGGAAGAACUUCCACCUGAUCCAGGCCAACAAGGUGCGCACACGGUCUGUGGGGGAGUGUGUGGAGUACUACUACCUGUGGAAGAAGUCGGAGCGCUACGACUACUUUUCCCAGCAGACGCGGCUGGGCCGGAGGAAAUACGGCCCGUCGGGAGCCACGGAUGCAGAGCAGGACCUGGACAGCAGUGACCCUGAUGGCACUGGCCGCCCCCGCUCCUCGCCACCCCUGCCCCCUGCAGCUGAUGGCCUGGGCUCCGAGCAGGACCCCUUGGCACGGAUGCACACAGAGCUGCUCAGUGUGGCCAGUGUGGCCAGCAGUGUCGGUGAGCCUGGGGAGAGUUCCGACAGCCUCCUGCCCUCGGAUCCGGGGCCUUGUCCGUUCCAGCAGCUGGAUGCGUCCCCAGCCGUGCCCCUGCCCAGGCGGCCCCCAGGCCUGGUGGAGCCAGCCUUCUACCCCCCGGCCACAGCGCCUCCGGAGCCCGGCAGCAGCCCGAGACUGGCUGUGGACUUGGCCCUGCCUGGGGCCCUCCCUGAGGAGCUGCCCUUCAUCGCCAGCCGCGUGGAUGUGAACGGAGAGGCCGAGGAGGUCGUCGCUCCUGCCCAGGUGGCCUUGUCUGUCACCGAGUUUGGACUCAUCGGCAUUGGGGACGUGAAUCCCUUCCUGGCCGCCCACCCAGCGUGCCCAGGCCCCGGGCUGCACUCGGAGCCCCUGUCACAGUAAUACAUUCAUAUGGUUCAAAAUCCAAAAAGGUACAAGUGGGGCCAGUGCCAGGCUCCUCCCGCCCCUGUCCCCACCACCAGCCCUCCCCAGGCGCCCAGGACAGUGCUGCCUCCGGGGAGCUUGUCCACCAGCACUAGUGAAAACAUGGUCUGCUGGGGGGGCGAGGUCGGGAGCCACGGUUUCAGCCUACGGCACCCAGGCUGUGCCGUCCGUGGGACCGCACUGACCCUUUCUCGGUCUCUCCCCCUGCAGCUGUAACGUGAUGACCUGUUGAUCCCUGGCCGCAGGCGGGCGUGCGUGGCCCGGACUGGACGUGGGGCCGCCGCGGGGCCUGCCUCUGCCAGUCUUCCCGACCCUUCCCCUCCUCGUGGGCCUCGGGUAGCGCCUCCUCUGCUCCAGAACGCAGCAAGGACAUGGCGCGCGGCGGCCGGGCCUGCCCUGCCCUCACACACAGCCUGGCGCCCUCGGUGCCCGGCCCCACUGUCCGUGCUGUCCAGGCUGCUGCCCCCGGCGCAGUACCCGGUGGGUGGCCAGAGGUGGAGGGCCUGGCCCCGUGUAGCCAGCAGAGGUGAGGACGGUGUCCCUGCUCCCUCGGGGAGGUGGGGAGAUGGGGCAGGGUGCUGCCCCCACCAGCAGCCUCCGCCCGGGCGCCCUCAGCACUCCGCUUGGCUCCAUCUCCCUGCCCCUGGCGGGGUCGUGGGCUGCCCCAGCCCGGGGGUUGUGGGCAGCUGCUACUCGGUGCCAAACCCCGUGGGGCACAGAGCCAUAUACCUCGACGUCGGCCGCGCCCGCCCUCGACCUCCACCCUGCUCUCCACUUCAGGAAACGCCGCACUUUAUGCCCCGCCCCCUGCCUCCCCCCCCCCCCCCCCCCCCGCCUCCCUCUCCCCAGCCCGGAGCAGCCUCGGGUGUGGGGUCGAGGAGAUGGGUGACCUGCACCCCCCUUGGUACCAAGGCACCGUUGCCUGCAGCCCCGAGGGGCUGGCUCCAGCCCGUUCCCCUGACCCUGUGGGUUGUUCUUCUGUUGAAGCUUCCCAGCACGAUGGUUUGGGGUCCUGGUCCUUCUCUUUCCCAGCUUCCCCCAUUUUAUUUAUGUUUCUGUUUACAAAUUGGAGUGGGGUCCUCCACGGGGCCAGGGCAGCGCUCCCCAACCCCGGUGUUGCCAGGAGAGGGUUUUGGAUCGAGCGCAUCUGCAGAGUCGGCCUCGACCUUCUCUCACCCCACCAAGGACCACACUGUGAAGUGAGAACUGCCUUGAAUCCCUUGCUGUUUUAUUUAUUAAACUUGAUUUGAAACCCA